AUGGGCAACUCAGGCAGCACAAUCAGCGAUCUCUUUUAUCUGGACAACCCCAAGAGACGGCGACGGGCAGAAGAAUUGAAGGGAGAUAUUCAUGUACUGCAAGCAGAGUUUAGUGGUCUCAAGGCUCAUAAGAUUAUAUGGGAUAUUAUUGGAUUGGUCGGUGUUGUCACUGUUGCCAUCAUCGGCUUGGGAUAUGCCUUUAGCAUAGUCACAGCUAGUCAGGCUCUCGCAGCAACAAGCGCGUUGGGAGGUAUCAUUGGCAUUGCCGCGGUUAUUGUGCUGGUAUUCAAAGCGGUUGAGGGUGCACUUGAACGGCAGAAGCUGCGAGAUGCAAUCCACGCGCUAUGGCCGAAACGCGCAGAGAUGAAGCUACAGGUUGAGCUGAUGAGGGCCAUCACCAACUGGGUUGACGACAUCGAGACUUGGCUUCGAUUCCCUGAGAUCAAAGAUACGAAAAUGAUGAAUGAUCUACUCGCUAAAACACUCAAUGCUGACUACAAUCGAUGGACUUCAAAAGAAGUUGCUCGAGCUCUGAAAGAUAUGGAUAACUCUCGAAACUCUUGGGCCAACGAAGACCCCACGAGCACCGACAUCUCCAUUGUGGAAGAGGUACCGACGGCGAUCUUGGAGUUACUCCAGCCCCAGACAUCCGGCAAGAUGAUACUGGACUGUGGCAGCUACGGGCAAGCGUUCCAGAUGUGA